CAGUAAAUUUAUGGUUAAAAUGUCGAUUCACUCAACCCCAUCUGGGUCAGCAAUCCCAAUUGACGCCAUUGUUGUUUGGGUUGUGGGAUGGUGGCAUUGGACUACUUGGUUACUGUUGAUUCUUAUCCUAAGCCUGAUGAUAAAAUUCGUAGCACCAGUUUUCAGGUUCAGGGAGGUGGGAAUACUGGGAACGCUAUGACUUGUGCAGCUCGUUUGGGUUUAACUCCAAGAAUUAUAUCCAAGGUCGCGGAUGACUCUCAAGGGAAAAGAAUAUUGAACGAGCUAGAAGCUGAUGGCAUUGAUACAUCUUUUAUUGUGGUGUCCAAAGGGUGCCAUUCAACAAUCUCUUAUGUCAUUGUUGACAGUCAAACGAAAACACGAACUUCCAUCUACACACCAGGAUAUCCACCCAUGGUAGCUGAUGAUUUGCCAUACUCGAGUUUGUCGUCUGCAUUGGAUGGUGCGAGGCUUGUCUAUACUGAUGGAGUACUUCAUGAAGCUGCUUUAGUUGUGGCCCAAGAGGCACAUCAAAGGAGUAUACCUAUUGUGAUUGAUGCAGAAAGUAAAAUAGAAGGGUUGGAUGAACUUCUACACUUGGCAACCUACAUUGUUUGCUCCACAAGAUUUCCACAGAUAUGGACCGAGGCUCCUUCUAUAGCAGGUGGACUAAUAUCCAUGCUUUUAAAGUUGCCAAGUGCCAAAUUUAUAAUUGCUACAUUGGGAGAAGAUGGCUGCAUAAUGCUAGAAAGAGCAGAAACUGGGGAUAUCCAGCCUGAAGAAGUUGAUAUUGAUGACUUGUUUGAAAAAAUGAAGCAGAGUAUUGAUACUACCUCAACCCUGCCAACAUGCAAAACCUCGGAUGUUGCAAAGCUGCACGCGAAAGGGAUUGGGACUGUGUGUGGUAGGCUGCUCGUGGGAACAGCUGAAAAGAUACCAUCCUCGGAGAUAGUUGAUACAACUGGUGCUGGAGAUGCAUUUGUUGGAGCAGUUCUUUAUUCUCUCUGUGCUAAUUUCCCACCUGAAAAGAUGCUGAUGUUUGCUUCGCAAGUGGCAGCUAUUGGGUGCAGCGCCUUGGGAGCAAGAGCUGGUCUUCCUCAUCUGACUGAUCCUCGCUUCUCACCCUUCUUAGCUUAGAAGACCAGACAGAAAUUUGGACCAUUUUAAUUACUGGAAUU